AUGUCACUCGCCGAUUACCUAGCAAAGAACUACCUAACCGCCGACGCGCCCUCCGAGAAGCGGUCUAAAAAGCGCAAGCGGAAAGGCACGGCAGACCCCUCCGCCGGCCUCAUUAUCGCAGACGACGACACUCCAGGCUGGAACACAAGCACCAAUGCUAGCAGCAGAGAUGAGGACGAGGGGCCUACUAUGGCCGGCCACACAGCCUCCUUCCGCAAAUCCAAGCAAAACGCCUGGAAGCCCGUCGGCAGCGCCGCCCCCACAAACGCCGACCAAGCCGCCGCCGACGCAAUCAUCGCCUCCGCAGCCGCCGACCGCGCCGCCUUCGCGCAAGCCGCAGAAGACGCCCCCGUAAUCGAGAACGCCGACGACGGCGAUAGCGUGGCCAGGAUGGAAAGCGGCGCUCACGCAGGCCUGCAGACCGCCGAGCAGAUCGCCGCGCAAAUGCGCCGCAAGAAGGAGGCCGAGAUGGCGAGUCUCCAGAGUCUUGGUGACGAUGGGGGAGGAGCGAGUAGCAAAGCGCGUGAAACGAUCUACCGCGAUGCCUCCGGGCGCAUCAUAAAUGUCGCCAUGAAGCGAGCCGAGGCCCGUGCCAAAGCGGACGCCGAGGCCAAGAAGGCAGCUGAGCAGGCCGAAGAAGCCAAAGGCGACGUCCAGCGCCGUGAGCAGGCUGCGCGGCGACAGCAGCUUCAGGAUGCGAAAUACAUGCCGUUGGCGCGGCGGGCGGACGAUGUGGAGAUAAAUGAGGAGCUGAGGGAGCGGGACCGGUGGAAUGAUCCUGCGGCGCAGUUUAUAAGUGCGAAGAAGGAGGGGAGGGGGGCGGGGGGUAAGCCGGCGUAUAAAGGUGCGGCGGCGCCGAAUAGGUAUGGUAUCAGGCCAGGGUAUAGGUGGGAUGGGGUGGAUCGGGGGAAUGGGUUUGAGAAGGAGUGGUUUGGGGCGAGGAAUCGGAGGGCUAAUUUGGAGAGGCUGAACUAUGAGUGGCAGAUGGAUGAAUAG